GCGCCGACGUCUUCAGUUUUCUCCCUGACCAGCUACCCAACCGCGGUGCGCGCGGGCGGCGGGUCCCCGAUGCCCCGAUUCCACUAACAAUAUAAAGGAGGCGCGCACCAGAAGCGCAAAUACUCCAAACCGCUCCAUCAUUUUCUUUGCAAGAAAGCUCGAUUCUCCAAGCAAUCAUUUGCCAUCAGUGUUAGUCGGGCCGCUAUCUUUUGCUGUUCUUUCACGAGUGUUUCGAGGGGAUGAGCCGAGGGAGCAAGCUGCGGUGGCUGUGGAGGGCGCCGGCGCGGGCGCUGGGCCGGGCGCGGGACCUGUACGUGCGGGGGCUGACGGGGUGCGCGCGCUACGUGCCCGCCGAAGCGGCGUUCGGGUACCCGGUGUUCGUGCCGGCGUCGCUGUCCAGGAGCCACAGCGUCGCCGGCUCCGACUGGAGCGCGGGCGGCGGCUCAGGGGACGACCUCCGCGACCUCGUGCGCGCCGCGUCGCAGAAGCGCGUCGACCAGCGGGAGCGGGAGCGGGAGCUGCAGGCCGUGGCCAGGAGCCAGAGCAUGGCCGCGCUUUCCAUGGCGCGGAUCGACGAGGACGCGCCGUGCGAGUUCGGCGAUGGCGCCGGCGCGCUGUACCCGAGGAGCCAGAGCUGCGUCGGCGGGGCCGCGGGGCUGAGGGCCCGCGGUCACCUGAACGUGGCGGCGUAUGGCUGAUCGAGCUGCUGGUUGCGGCCAGGCCGUCUGUGCCAGUGUGUGUGAUCGUGUCAAUACUAAAAAAAGUUGAAUAUAUUCGCAAUUCAUGCA